AUGGAGUCUAGCGCGGCAGCGGAGUACUCAACCUCUACAGCAAGCGAUCAAGCUCAUAACGUUCCCUCCGACGGACAUUCUACACACAACCUCAAGAAAAGGAAGCUGUCACCCAUAUCACGUUCAUUAUCUCUACGAGCAUCGUUUCCGCGCAAGCGGUCUUCUACUGCUUGUCAGAUCUGCCGCACACGAAAGACCAAAUGCGAUAAUGGGCGACCAAGUUGCUCAAAGUGUAGUGAGUUGGGCUCGCACUGUGUUUACCAGGAUCAAUCAAACCCCGCAGCGUUUGAUCCCGCUAGCUUAGCAAUACUCGAUCGCCUCGACUACUUGGUUGAUCUUGUUGAGUUGAAUAACUCUGCUCGCUUAGCAGAGCGAACUGAGAACGAAUUGCCAACUCACACUACUGAACGGAGAGGCUCUGCAUCUUUCUUACCGGACCCUGAUGAAGAGCCGCAAAACACAUCGAUCUCCAUCACUGUCGCUGGUGCGGCUCGCGCCACUACGCCGAGUGAUGUCGCCCACGACAAGGACUCGGACGUUCUGCUCCAAAUGUACUUCGGCUCCUGCGAGGACAUUCUCGAAUGGCCAAUCUUCGAGGCAAAGCAUGACCGCCGUAGGAUCGAGGCGCUGAUCUUCGAUCCUACGCUGAUUUGUGACAGUUCCAGCGAUUUUCUCAUUGCUCCCAGAGUUACAGACGACUCUUUACGAGAGAAGUAUGAGGACCCACGUCACAAUUCAAGCAUCGGUCAAGGAGUACGCGAAGAAGAUGUCUUGCGCCUCGUCGAGGUCUUCCUUUUGAAUGUCCACACAAAGAACCCGAUACUCGAUCCGAAGUAUUUGAGGAAGAUGGCAAAAUCGGUGGUUGAGGAUGGCUUUGGUUGGAAUGCACCGAGUUGCCUAGUGCUGAUGGCGUGUGCUCUUGCGACCAUCUCCUCGCCAUUCGCUCGCCGACCGAUGUUUCUUGCAGGCGGAGGGCUUGAGGACGCCGGGGACAGUCUAUCUGACACACCAGAAUAUUAUACGGCGGAAUCCUACUACACUGCUUCACGCAAGCGGAUCGGUCUUUUAACGAAUACACUGCUUGCAACAGAGUGUCAUUUUCUGGCAGGGGUCUACGAGAUGUAUUCCCUGCGGCCUCUUCAAGCUUCAAUCUCCUUCAAUAGGGCUUGCGUAGCUUUCCAGACUCUGACGUGGAUGAGAUCAGAGUAUUACCUUAACGAGCGUCGAUUGGCCAAGGCUCGUGCAAGUAGGCUGUACUGGUCCUGUUUGAAAUCUGAACACGAGAUAUCGGUAGAGCUUCGAUUUCCUUCUUCAGGCCUUACUAGGGUCAACUACACCCAGUCUUUCCCUACACCACCGAUAGCGACAUCCACCGAGCAAUUGUAUCAGACGCCUCCUGGCACAGAAAUUGGUUCUACUCCUACACAGUCGCCUGACUUGCAACCAGAAGUUGAGAAAGCAUGGUAUUACUACUUGGCAGAUAUUGCAGCCCGUCGCAUAUUACAACGAGUGAUCGAUUCAUUCUAUGACAAAAAUGAGGUCGCAUGGCUCGAUGCAUCACUUCCAAACAUCAUUCAUACGGCCGAAGAGCUGGAUCGACAGCUAACUCAAUGGUACCGCACUCUUCCCAGUGUGAUAUCCUUCGACCAUGAUAUUGCUGCUGAGGGCGAACUUGCAUACCACUUACAGGCUCGCGCAUUUGAGAUUCGAGAACGCAUAUACCGGCCUUUCUUGUUUCUCAUGAUUCAUCAAGAACUUGCGGGAUCUACACUCACUGCUCUUCGUCCUUUUGUGCAGGAGCACACUGUUACCUGCUUGAGAUUGAUACGACAGUGGAAUAUCAGACAUCGACAUCACGGAACUUGGCUGAUGAUUAGGCAAAGUUUCGCUUCAGCUCUGCUUCUUGUGGCUGCGCGAAAGGCUGGUCUUAGUGAGGUGUCAGAGGAGCAAUGCGAGGAGGCUGUGCAGACGUCAUUGUCGACACUGCGCUAUUGGGAGAAAGAAGCGCCAGACCUUAGGGCUUCACGGCUGAUCUUGGAAGAUAUCGUUCAAGCACUGGACAUGCCUAUACUGACAGGGUAG